AUGCACAAACCAUCUUUGGCUCAAAUCGUACAUCGAGCAACCUUUCCGCGCCAGCGCACUAGUGACCCAGCAACAUUCGCUGCUCAUAUCGCUCUCAACCUGGUUCCAGAAGUCCGCAUCGAAACAUCAACCUUCUAUGGAUCGUUAGAGAGCGUUGAAGCACAAUACCCCGGCCUGGACUACUCCCAUGGACCCCAUCGUAUGAGGUUGAGCCGCUUCCCAUGGCACCGCAAGCUAUUCAGAGUCUUUGACGAGCUUAGAUUGACAGAGGCGGAAAUCAGCUCCCUAUGUCGCUGGGAAGGCACCAAAUCAGCACGACAGCGUUACGAGAAAGAGGAAGGGGUAAAGGUCCGCGAUACCACGGCCGAUGCGAUUCGACCUGCGUCACCACCCCGGCGUCCAUCUGUCACAGUUCAUCAUGAAAACGGCCCGGAGCCAAUCUGCGAAACAGAUAUCAAAACUCCGACACAUAAGAAAGAGAUUCCAAACGGCCAAGUGGAUGACCGGGGUAUCGACUGCGAUAUGCAAGCACAGGAAACUGAAGAUUCCAGUGACGAGGAGAUGGAAAGCUGCGGGGUGGAACUAAACCAUCGUCUUCUUGCCGCAACAGCUGCACGAGAACGAGGUGCUAAUGUGCCAUUGGACGAAGACUGGGAGCAGUGGCUCAAAGAAGCCGGGGAACGUGGUAGUUACACGGAUGUCUUGAACGCGAUUCGAAGAGGCCAGCCGUUGAAUUUCCUGUACGACCUCCCGGCCUCGAUGUCUCAACCGGGCAGAUCAUCGAUUCCACAUUCCGUGUCAUUUUCCGAGCCACUGGACCAACUAACAUCGUCUCGUUUACUUUCCACAAGCGGUGAAAUUCGACGACCACCCCAUUCCCCUGCAAGGGCGGCGCGCUGA